UGAAUUAUAUACAAGGAGAUAAAAACAAUGCCAAAAAUAUGUGCUUCUGCAAAUACUACAGCGCUCAAAAGAAGUCUCAUUCACAAUGGAUUUUAGAUUUUGGUUAUUGAUUGGAAACCAUAUUUUCCAGAAAUGCCUUUGGAAGUUGCACGUGGUAUUGCAUGUCUUUUGCCACUUAUAUAACUGAAGCAAGAAUAAUCAAGCACAAAAGCCUCCUCAUAUUCCGAUCAGUCUCACUUCUUUUCUCGGUUUUUCUUUCUUUCUGUUUCAGUGACAACUGCAGUCUUUCAUGUUAAUCAGUAAUCAGUAAUCUGCAUAUGCUUUUUCUAAAAAGCCAACUUCUUUGAUAUGGUUUUUGUGUUCAAAGCUUAGUUACUUGAGCCAUUUUGCAGUUUUUCUUCGUGGGGUAUCAAGGUUUUGCUUUCAUAAAUUAGUUUUCUUUCAAGAUUUUCAUCCUGGAAGAAUUUGUUUUAGGAUUGCUUAUUGUGUAUGCUAAUGGUGGAGCUGCAGUCUUGUGCUAGAUUGGUCAAGGCUUCUGCAUUAUGCGCGAUAGAGGAAGGUAUGAAAGGAGACGGUGUCGAUGUUAUUGCAGAGAUUUCAGCUGAAUUAGAAAGGGAAAGACAGAAGAAUGCAGAACUUAUGCAGAGAAUACUAAUUCUUGAAGCUCGGAUACAGGAAAAAGAGAAUGAACCUCCUCGAACAAAUGGACAGGGCAGUUGCUCAAAUUCAAUGGAAAGAAACUUGAAGAAGUUCAAGAGACAGAAGAUUGAACUCACUAGUAACACAACUGAGGAUGGUAGUAUAACUGUUGUCCAAGCUGAAAUUGCUGCACAGAAGAAGCAUCAUAUUGAAUCCUAUGCCCUUGAAGAUCCAAUUGUAGAUGACCGUCUAGUCAACUGGAUGAGCAUGGAGGAAACACAGGUUUUGCUUUCUGAAAAAGCUAAGGAUGGUGAUUCAACUGCAGAUUGUGAUGAAACUGAUGACAGUGAUGAUGAAGAUGAAGAUUUUCGCGAAGAAGAUGGUAUUAACAAUGACCAUAAAGAAGCUGAUGAAACUUCAAGACUUGUUGAUGAACUGAUUUAUGAAGUUGCUGAUAAGGGUUCAGAUGCAGGGUGUGCAGAAAUUUUCUCAGGUGCAGGUCAGCCACUAUUUCAAAAUGUGAACCGAGAAACCAAUGAAGAACUACCAAUAGGGCCAAUUUGUAAUGAGAUGGAAAUUAGAAACCAAAACAAGACAGAACCUAAGGAUUUUGGAAGUUUCAAGGUACCAACUAGUAUCCCAACUUCGAAGGAGUUUAUUCAUACAGGAUCCGGGAGCCUAUCACAACAUAAAAAGCCUCCAAAGUUGGCAUUUUGCCCAAAAGAAGUGAAGAGAAUAAUUGAUUCAGAAUCCCUUCUACAGAAAAAUGCUCAUUCACACACAAUAAGGAAGAUCAUAGUUUUUGCAUCUCUUGGUAUAAGGCAUGGUUGUGAAGAUAUAUAUGAAUUAGACUUCAACCAUUUUAUCAUUUUAAGAAAGGGCGAGCAAUACAUAUCUCCAACAGAUCCUGGGGAGCAUGUUCUGUAUGAAAAUCCUGGUGUUCGGAGGAAGGUAUUCUAUCCAAACCGAAAGAACCCUACACUAUGUCCAGUUCAAAUACUUGAGGAAGAGAAGGCUAUGCGUCCAUCAGAUCCUAGCUGCCCAUCAUGCUUAUUUCUAUGCAUCAAGUAUGGUGGAAGGACAAGAAACCUUCCCCAAAAUGAAUAUGUCAGACAGCGCAUGGGAAGAAACAAGCUAAAGUCUUUUGGGCCAUUGAUGUGUCGAAUGGCAAUGCUAGCUCAUGUUCGCAGUGGGAGCUUCUUUUUCAAAGCCUUGGGAAUCACACUUCUUUUCAUGGCUGGUUUUCCUGAUGACCUGGUUCAAAGGGAAACCAAAUAUCGGAACUUAGACUUGCUCCAGAAAUAUUACAGGACAGAUGAGGAUGCUGAAGGAGAGGAAUUAUUUCUUGCAUAUCCUAUGAUAGAUGAUGAUACUCAGGCUAGUCCAGGUUCUCAGCAGUUUUGUGGCAAGACUUCUUCAACAAAAACAAAGGGAAAGAAACAAACUCACUCUAAUAGUAAGCCUCAUAAUAUGCAGAAGACUUCAUUCCCAAAUGGUACAUUUUCAAGCUCUGCACCUCAAUUUGGACUCAUGAAUCAAACCUGUAUUCCCCCAUUAGCUGCUCCACCAAUCUCAAACACUGUGAUCACCAAUGCUGGUACUAAUAUCCCCUAUCAUAAUCCAAACCCGUAUCACCUUUUUCCUCCACAACCAUCAAACACUUUCAUGCCUAUGGUAUAUUGGCCUCCCCCAAACACAUUUUCUCCUGGACUACCUUAUCAAUCUACAUAUGGUUACCGGUCUUACCCUUCUGCCGGAAAUUACUUCAUCCAUCCGCAGCCUUAUUACAGCCAUCCAUCCUGCGGUCCAUUGAUCCCCAAAACGAUAGAAGUAGCAAAGAAAAAUGGCAUGGCCUCGGAGGAAGCUGCUGAUAGUGAUUAUGAUUGUAGUUCAAGCAGUAUAGAGCCAAAGAAGAACUAGCGAGGUGCAAUAAUGAUCUGCUUGUGAUCAUAUU